AUGUAUCUUCCGCGCCAGCUCAUCUCCCAAUUAUACCUUCAACUCCUCCGAACUCAGAAUCCGCAAUCCCCGUCUGUCUUGAUCCUUGUGGCACUCGAACCCGACGCGCUAUGUGCUUGUCGAAUUCUCACCGAACUAUUAAAACGCGACUUUAUCCCUCAUAAAAUACAACCAGUGGGCGGCUAUGGCGACCUUGCGCGCGUGGGGCAGGACCUGGUUCAGCCGAUGCAGACCACCAAUGGCGGUUCCGGAGGUGUGGUCGUGUGUCUUGGUGUAGGAGGACUGGUCGAUUUGGCAGAUAUUCUGGGAUUGAACAACCCUGAAGAUGGUUCAGAGAAUAUGGGAGGGGUCGAUAUCUGGGUCUUCGACGCGCGCCGGCCAUGGAACCUGGGCAAUGUCUUCGGAGGUCAAGGUGGUAUGAGCUCAGCGAUGGCGGAGAUCGAUAUAAAUGCACGACGGCGCGGGCGCGGAGUUGAUAACGGGUGUAUCACCCCUGCUUACACGUCGAAGAACGGUGGCAUUGUCGUGUUUGACGAUGGCGAUAUUGAGGGAGAUCUCAGCAGUGAACGAGAGGCAUACUAUGCCCUUUUGGAUAUGCCCGAGGUUGACGAAGAUGACGAGAGUGAGGAUGGAUCUAUUGGUGAGGCGGACGAUGAAGACACACAGCCUGGCUCGAAAAAGCGCAAGUCUUGGUCCGGCCGCGAGGAUGAGGACGAUUCAGACGAAGAUGACGGACCUCCAAGGCAGCGGAAACGCAGCAACUCGGGGUCUUCAUUUGUCACUUCACCCAGUCGGGGAAGGAGGAAUGGGAUCAACUCGUCCAACUCAUCACGUUCUGUCACCCCUACCAGUGAUUCCCCAUCGCCUGAAGAGCAAAAAGAACCAUCGGCACGAUCUUUGAAGCGGCGCUUAAUUCGACUCAAAAAGAAACACGAGGCGGUAUUGCAAAAUUACUACGCGUCAGGUACAUCAUACUCCGAGCCAAUCUCUUCUUUGAUCUACUCCCUAGCAUCGGAACUUGGCCGUGAGGACAACGACCUUCUUUGGCUUGCGAUUAUCGGUGUUUCCAGCUUAGAGCUUAGCGGCCGAACCAUGACUGGUGUGGGAAUUUCAAAUACCUCGGACUCGGGAGGUUCUGCAGGCUGGGGUGGACAGCGUGGAGAACAUAUUCGCCAGAUUCUACGAGAUGAAGUCCACCGUCUCAAUCCACCUGACCCAUUGGAGCAAAAUCGAGAUAUUAGGGGCGAGAUUCAUGGAGUCAUACCAACUACAGCUAGAUCUCCCACCGACACAUCAAUCCGUCUUUCCCCAGAGCCGCGUUUCCUGCUUGUUCGUCACUGGUCGCUCUAUGAGAGUAUGCUUCACAGUCCUUAUUUGGCCCCAAGGCUCCAUGUCUGGACUGAAAACGGUCGCAAGCGACUGCACAAGCUGUUUGCCAAGAUGGGUAUCAGUCUCACCCAGUGUCACCAAUACUAUACACAUAUGGACAUGGAAUUGAAGCGGGUGCUUCGGGGGCGGCUGCUCAAGUAUGCACCGAUGUAUGGUUUGGAUGGCCUGGUUCCUCCAGAACCAUCUGGAAACUCCAGUUCCCGUGAAGGUUGGGGCUUUGUUCGUUGCUGGGGCUGGAAAGCAUGUCUCUCUGCCACAGAUGUCGGCGUUAUUCUCGGAGCUAUGCUCGAGGUCGGCCCACACGAGACUUCCCCUUCCUGGGAUGCGGCACGUAUACCUCGAUUACAGAGCUCAACGAACGCUCCUGAAAAUGCAGGCGCUCUGGAAGAAUCCGAUUCGGCAAGCAUUAUUCCUCGCUUUUUCAGUGCAUAUGAUGCCACUUCCCUCACAUCUGAAGCGCCUACCAUUCUGAUGGGGGCCUUGCCCCUGGCUCAGCAUCUCCACCGUGCGAUCCUUCGCACUGGCACAUCACUGCUCUCCAAGCACCAAAUUCGACAUCUUCGAGCCUUCCGCAUUGCUGUUGUCAAGGAUGGACCGGAUGUGCAACUUUUUACGAACCCUGGGGCUUUGACAAAAUUGGCCUUGUGGAUUGCGGAAGCCAUUCGAGUACAAGAGCGUGAAAAAGGUGACUCGGUGAAGAUUGGGCGGAAACGAGCUGCCGGUACUCCUCUCGUCCUUGCCGGGCUUGAUGAGGCCCGAGAUCUAUAUGUCGUGGUAGGCACUGGUGGUGGUGGCGGCGUGAUCGACUUUGCCGCCAUGUCGAAGCGUCAGGAAGAGCGACGCAAGAAGAAGGAGGCCAAGGAGAAGAAAGACAAGGCGCGGGCGGAAAACCGAGCUAAGCGCGCUGCUGAGCGUGCCGAGCGAGAAGACGAUGAAGCCGAAGAAUCUGAAGACGAAUCCGAAUCGUCCUCCGAAUCGGAAUCGGAAUCCGAAGAUGAGGAAGACCCUCGGGGCAAGAAACACCUGUUGCGCAAUCGGUUCGGUAUCGCCUUCCAGGAAGUGGUCCAGGAGACCAAUGCCCGUGUCCGUAUUGACAGCUUCGAGCACUGUGUGGUCGAGGUAGCGAAGGACGACCUCGGUGGUUUCUUGGAGGCACUGAGCUUCCGGAGCGUGGUGGGCUAA